AUGAGUUUCGGAUUCAGCGUUGGCGAUUUCCUCGCCGCUGCGCAGCUAGCGCACAAGAUCCGCAAGGACUUUAGCGGAGCACCGAGCAAGUUCAAGAGUCUUUCUGACGAGACCAAACUUUUGUCCAUGGUGCUUCAAGAUGUCGACGUUAAAGUCGAUGAGUCAGUUUUCACCCCACAGCAGGGGAACAACCUCGAGCAGGCUAUGGGCACAUGUGAAGCCGUGCUUCAUGACCUACAAGCUGUUUGUGACAAGUUCAGCGAUUUGGACACCUCACAGGGCCGUCAUCGCAAGUCUAUCCGAAGGGUCUGGAAGCAGCUCAAAUGGGAGCCUAACGAGGCUCGAGAGCUUCGUGAACGCAUCAGUUCCAGUAUCGCUAUGCUUACCACAUUGCUCGGCCAACUUUCUAGCGAGACAACUGUUGCCGUGAAGAAGGGCGUCGACCGUCUGAACCAGAAUCAAGACCGCCAAGAACGACUUGCCAUUCUCAACUGGCUGAGCUCUUUUGAUCACACAGCCCAACAAAACGAUAUCUCAGCUCGAAAACAAACAGGCACUGGCGUUUGGCUUCUUGAGUCCCCGGACUUCACCUCUUGGAAGUCCACCAGGGGCGAAACCCUCUACUGUCCAGGCAUCCCUGGCGCCGGAAAGACGAUCCUCUCGUCCAUCGUAGUUGAGGAGCUCACAAAGUGGUUCCGAGAUGACUCUAACGUCUGCAUCGCUCAUGUUUACUUCAAUUAUCAGCAGCAAGAGAGCCAAACUGUUAAUCAAGUCUUUGCCAACUUGCUAAGACAACUCGUGGCAGGUCAAUCCGACAUUCCAACAGCUGUUCGGGAUGUAUACAAGGGACAUUUGCAAAGAGGCUCAAAGCCAAAAUUUGAAGAGAUUUCUGAGCUUCUGCACAGUUUCUCUGCUCUAUACUCCAGAGUUUUCAUCAUUAUAGACGCCCUCGAUGAAUGUCCCUCACGAGAUGGCCGCCGGAACACCCUAUUGUCGGAAAUCAUGAAGCUACAAACUGCCCUCUCGGCUAACAUCUUGUGCACAUCUCGGCCCAUCCCCGAGAUCGAAUCGUGGUUCCCCAAAACCGUGUCCAUCAACGUCCGGGCCAGCGAGCAUGACGUUCGAAAGUACCUGGAUGGGCAAAUAGGGCGGCUCCCGGGUUUCGUGGCACGCAGCACCGAGCUACAAGAGCACGUCAAGACACAGAUAGUACAGGUUGUUGACGGAAUGUUCCUCCUUGCUCAUCUUCAUCUCGAGUCUUUGAUGUACAAGCGCACUGCCAAAGCCCUACGCACAGCCCUCGAAGGACUCCCACGAGGCUCAACUGCCUACGACGAUACCUAUGAGAGAACUAUGAGACGAAUUGAAACACAGUUUCCUGACCAGGUAGGCCUCGCCAAGGACGUGUUGCAAUGGAUCAUCUGGGCGAAGACCCCUCUGUCAGUGUCAGAACUACAACAUGCCCUGGGUGUGGAACCUGAGCAAGAACAUCUGGACUUUGACAACCUCCCGGACCCUGAUGAUAUGGUGACUGCCUGCGGCGGGCUAGUCACCGUUGAUCAAGGAAGCGGCAUCAUCCGUCUCGUUCACUACACCACUCAAGAGUAUUUUGAGCGCACCAGAAAGACCUGGUUUCCAGCUGCUGAAGAACAAUUGGCCGAGGUUUGCCUCACAUAUCUCUCGUUUGAACCGUUCAGAAGAGAGCAAUGCAAGACCUCUGGAGAGCACCAGAGGCGUCUUGAAGACUGGCCAUUCUAUCGAUACGCUUGCAAAUAUUGGGGGCUCCAUGCUAGCCAGGCAUCGUCUGCGAGGAUACUAGCCUUCUUCCAACUGAAAGAAGCCUUUUGGUCCUCGUUACAACCCUUGUUCCAGGACCAAACUGGUUCUAUAUACACAGAGCACGAUCAUAACGAGGAGCUAUUCGAGUCAGUCAAGGAGCAGGUCACUGCGCUUCACAUCGCCGCUCUUUUUGGUCUCGUUAGUAUUGUGCGUGAGCUCGCCGAUCCCGACACCGUCAACAAACAAACCGACCAGGGGUGGACGCCCCUUGCCUUUGCGGCAGAGCAGGGUCGUGAUGAAGUCAUACGACUGCUGCUGGUCGAAUACGGAGCAAACGCAAACCUGAGUGAUGAAGGGGGCACGUCCCCUUUGCACCGAGCUGUAUCUCGCCAUCGCACGAGUUCCUUCAAACUCUUGCUAGAAAUUGGGAAGGCGAAUAUCCAUUCGAGGGACCUUGCUGGCGAAACGCCUUUGUAUCUUGCUAUUCUAGAGGACCAGGUCGAAAUCGUCGAAUACUUGGUUGACAAUCUAGAGACUUGGCUACAGCCUCCUGAAGACCCUGAGUUGCAACCCGGUCUCAUCUUGCGCACUGCUGCGGCGUGUGGCCGUGUUGGUAUUGUCAAGCUCCUCAGUACUCGACCACAUCUUGAUCUCGACGUCUCCGGUAACACAAUACUUCGCUGGAUCGGUGCUGAACAACGGCCACCACUGGUAUGGGCUGCGCGGGAUGGGCAAUGCGAAGUCUGCAAGAUACUUGUUGAAGCCGGGCGAGUCAAUGCCAAUGUCGUGGACUCUACCGGUCGAACCGCUCUGUCAUAUGCCAUCGAAAGAAACUCGACCGAGAUCAUUGACAUACUCUUGCAGGUCGAUAACAUUUACAUCGGUUCAGUCGAACUAGGAGUCUAUCGAUCGCCCCUGUCUUUCGCAGUUGCACAAGGAAGUGAAGAGACAGUGAGCAAGCUAUUUGCGACGAACCGACUGAAUCCGAAUGAUGCACUCCUGGCAAUGGCCGCUUCAGAAAACUGGCGAGGAGUUGCCAGCGUUCUCCUCGAUGGCCCUCCCUUCGAUACCAGUGCAAAAUAUCACCAAGACAAGGCUCCAAUAUCCCAUGCUGCCGAGAAAGGAGACGAGAGCAUCGUUGAAGCUCUCUCAAGGUACAACGCCAAUCCUGGCUUGCGGGGCAGGAAUCUACUAGGUUGCGCUGCCGAGAGAGGAGACACGAGAAUUGUUGAAGCACUCUUAAGAUUUAGCGCCAAUAUCAACUCGAAAGGCCUGGAGGAAAGGAUACCCCCACUAUCCCAUGCUGCCGAGAAAGGAGACGCGAGAAUCGUUGAUGCGUUCAUAAGAUACAACACCAAGAUUAACUCGAAAGACUUGUGGGACAGGACUCCGCUAUCCUAUGCCGCGGAGGGAGGCCACGAGGAAAUCGUCGAGGCUCUUCUACGGAUGCGCAACAUUGAAGUUGAUUCGAAAUCUGAGAAUGCCUCGGCAUGUUUCGCGGGGUGUACGCCACUUGCAUUUGCCGCCUACAAAAGCCAUCCUCGAAUCGUACAAAGACUACUCGACACUGGUCAAGUGAACCCUAACUCAAAGUCCAGCAUUAGCUCACAGUCCCGGACUCCCUUGAUAUGGGCUAUCGAAGGGUCUUGGUAUAGUUAUGGAGACGUCGAGAAGUAUGAGGCUGUGGUAGACCUUCUUUUAAGAACAAGGCGAGUCGACGUCAACUCCAAGUGUGCAACGGGUCUCCCUAGUCUGCAGCACCAGGAAACAGAGGGUCAAACACCGCUCUUGAUCGCCACGAGACGGAGCACCCCGCCAAAAAUAGUCAAGUUGCUCCUUGAGAACGGGGCUGACCCCAACGCAACAUCACAUGACGGCUCAACACCAUUGUCAAAUGCUAUCGAGAAUGGAUACAGUGCCAUCGCCGACAUAUUACUUGAGUAUGGCGCAAAACCUUUGGAGGAGUGA